AUGCUAGUUGGAUCAAUGUGUGCUCUGAUGGGCGUACUAACAAUUGCCUUGCCUGUGCCGGUCAUUGUUUCAAACUUCUCGAACCUCUAUUCACAUUCACAGGCUCGGGCUAAAUUACCAAAGAAAAGGAGACGAGUGCUUCAGGUAACAUUUCCUACACUCUUAAAUACGUAUAACCUGCCUCAAAUAUGCAUUUUAUCAUGGUAUGCAAGAAAUACAAGCAGAACCUAUCAUCUCCAUUAA